GGGGCGGCGAGGGUUCUGUGUAUUCCGACCAAUCGUAGGUGUGGCUAAGCAAGUACAGAUUUGCAUGUGACAGGACUGCAGCACGUGUUGCCGUGUUCAGGAAUGAAGAAGAGAGAACCUGAAUAAGGCUCGUGUCGUGUGUGUGUGCUUUUUCACACUUCAAAAUCCCCCUUCUGGAGCUGACACCUCUUCUACUCUGAAUUUUUAAAAAAAUGCUUUAUCUGAUUGGACUUGGGCUUGGAGAUGCCAAAGAUAUUACAGUAAAAGGCUUGGAAAUAGUAAAACAGUGUAGUCGAGUAUACCUGGAAGCCUACACGUCGAUCCUCACUGUUGGAAAGGAAGCACUGGAGGAGUUCUAUGGCAAAGAACUGAUUCUUGCUGACAGAGAAAUUGUGGAACAAGAAGCAGAUACCAUUUUGAAGGAUGCACAUCUGUGUGACGUGGCUUUUCUUGUCGUAGGAGAUCCUUUUGGGGCGACCACACACAGCGAUCUUGUUCUCCGUGCAGUGAAGCUGGGAAUUCCAUACAGAGUUAUACACAAUGCCUCCAUAAUGAAUGCUGUCGGUUGCUGUGGUUUACAGCUGUACAACUUCGGAGAAACCGUUUCCAUCGUUUUCUGGACAGAUACAUGGAAGCCCGAGAGUUUUUUCGACAAAAUCGCCAAAAACAGGAGAAACGGGAUGCACACACUCUGCUUACUUGACAUUAAAGUCAAGGAGCAGUCUUUAGAGAAUCUCAUGCGGGGGAAGAAGAUUUAUGAACCACCACGGUACAUGACUGUGAAUGAAGCAGCUGAGCAGCUUCUUGCUGUUGUUCAAAAUAGGCGGGUAAAAGCAGAAGAAUCAGAAGUUUCCGGCAACAUUACAGAAGACACCGUCUGUGUCGGCUUAGCAAGAGUGGGUGCAGCAGACCAAAAGAUUGCUGCAGGUACACUACUGGAAAUGACUACAGCAGAACUAGGGGGUCCUCUACACUCUAUGAUCAUAACUGGAACUUUGCACCCACUGGAAAUAGACAUGCUUAAACUUUUUGCUGUAAAUACAUCCAUUUUUGAACACUGAUGAAUAAAUACUUCACGCUUGCUGUGAA